CAGUCUGUGUAUAAUUAAGAAAACCCCUGCUACUGUUGAUUUUGCUAUCCUCAGGUUAUGCUGGCUUCACUGAAAAACUGCAGAGAGCAAGUGGCAGUCAAAGUGAUUCAGAAGAACCCAACGGAAUCACACAUUAAGAAGAUCUUGGCAGAGACACGGACCCUACAGAUUGCUGAAGGUUGUCCCUUUCUCUGCCACGGAUAUGCAGCAUUCCAAACGCAGCUGCAUGCCUUUCUUGUAAUGGAGUGCAUAAGAGGAGGAAACCUGGAACAGCUAAUGGAUAUGGAAGGUCGGCUGAAGAUGGACAGCGUAAGGCACCCACCUAUGCAGAAAUGUUGCUCAAAAUGA